AUGAGGUUAUUUUUCUUACAGUCCUAUUUUGUGACGGAUUAUGACCCAACCAUCGAGGAUUCCUACACAAAGCAGUGUGUGAUAGAUGACAGAGCAGCCCGGCUAGAUAUUCUGGAUACAGCAGGACAAGAAGAGUUUGGAGCUAUGAGAGAACAGUAUAUGAGAACCGGCGAGGGUUUCCUGUUGGUCUUUUCAGUCACAGAUCGAGGCAGUUUUGAAGAAAUCUAUAAGUUUCAAAGACAGAUUCUCAGAGUGAAGGAUCGGGAUGAGUUUCCAAUGAUUUUAAUUGGUAAUAAAGCAGAUCUGGAUCAUCAAAGACAGGUAACACAGGAAGAAGGACAACAGUUAGCACGACAGCUUAAGGUAACAUACAUGGAGGCGUCAGCAAAGAUUAGGAUGAAUGUAGAUCAAGCUUUCCAUGAACUUGUCCGGGUUAUAAGGAAAUUUCAAGAGCAGGAAUGUCCUCCUUCACCAGAACCAACACGGAAAGAAAAAGACAAGAAAGGCUGCCAUUGUGUCAUUUUCUAAGAAUCCCUUGAAUUUUAGCUACCAACUGCCAGGAAAAGCCCUCAUCGUCUCCUCCUCUCCUUAUGGUUUACA